AUGAAGGAUCCAAGGAGUUUUACGAUUGAGUACACGAUUGGAGACUGCUUUGUGGGGAAUGCUCUAUGUGACCUUGGAGCAAGCAUCAACCUCAUGCCAUUGUCCCUAUAUAACAAGAUGAAGAUUGGUCCUUUGAAGCCCACCACUAUCACGCUGCAGAUGGCUGACGGAUCUGUGUCCUAUCCAAUGGGCAUUGCGGAUGAUAUAUUGGUGAAAGUGAAUGAGUUUGUUCUCCUAGCUGAUUUUGUGAUAUUGGACAUGGAGGGGGAUAGAGUUGUACCUCUUAUUUUAGGAAGACCUUUCCUAGCCACGGGGAAGGCCAUGAUCGAUGUUGAUAAUGGAGAGCUCACAUUUCGCUUCAAUGGUGAAAGUGUGACCUUUUCUAUCUAUGAGGCCUUGAAGAGGCAUGAUACAGACACAGGGGGAAGCUUGCAGCAUUGCAAUGUAGUGACCGUGGUGGAUGAGUGUGUUAGGAGGAUGCCCUACAUCAACUCUUCACAAGAUCAACUAGAAGGGAGUAUUUUUAAUUCAAUUUAUUCUUCCCAUCUUCCUGAAUUGUUGAAUACUAACCUUGAAUUAAUUGAGUUUGUAGGUGCUCUAGAUUCAGGCAAGGAGAUCCCCAGAUCACGCCGUCAACAGUUCCUACCUCUUAGGGAUGAAGAAGAAGAUGGCAAGAAGGAAGAGAGAGACAUGAAAGAGGAGUUGAAACCACUACCUCCACAUUUGCAGUAUGCAUUUUUGGGAGAAAAUGACACCCUUCUGGUAAUUGUAUCAUCAUCCCUCUCAAAUUCUGAAUUGGAUAAAUUAUUGAGGGUUCUUAGGAAAUACAAAGGGGCAAUUGGGUGGUCAAUAUCGGGCUUGAAGGGAAUAAGUCCAACAGUUUGUAUGCAUAGGGAUCCAUCUUGA